AUGGGCCCGGGCUCUGGGAACUGCCUCAAGACCAGAGUGGACCCCUGUCUGGGGUGCCCUCCCCCGCUCCUCCAUGUCCAGUCAGUGCCUCCUGCUGGGCCUGGUGACAUGAACCCGGUCAACCCGGUCGUGGUGGUCCACGGAGGCGGAGCCAGCAGUAUCUCCAAGGAUCGCAAAGAGAAUGUGCGCCAGGGCAUCAUGCGGGCCGCCACCGUGGGUUAUAACAUCCUCAAGGAGGGAGGCAGCGCCGUGGAUGCUGUCGAAGGAGCCGUGAUCGUUCUGGAAAACGACCCCGAAUUCAACGCAGGCUGUGGUUCUGUCUUGAACGUAAAUGGUGAAGUUGAAAUGGAUGCGAGUAUCAUGGAUGGAAAAGAUCUGUCCACAGGAGCAGUAUCUGCAGUUCGCUGUAUAGCAAAUCCCAUCAAACUUGCACGUCUUGUUAUGGAAAAGACAUCCCACUGCUUUCUGACCGACCAAGGGGCAGCAAAGUUUGCAGCAGCCAUGGGGAUCCCACAGGUUCCCGAAGAGCAGCUCGUGACAGAGAGGAACACCAGGCGCCUGGAAAAGGAGAAAUGUGCAAAGAUGCAGAAGCCAGAUGCUAAAAAGAAUCUGGGGACCGUGGGUGCCGUUGCCCUGGAUUGUAAAGGGAACGUAGCCUAUGCAACCUCGACAGGCGGUAUCAUCAAUAAGAUGGUUGGCCGUGUCGGGGACUCCCCGUGUGUCGGAUCCGGAGGGUAUGCGGACAAUAACAUUGGAGCCAUUUCCACCACGGGGCACGGGGAGAGCAUCCUGAAGGUGAACUUGGCCAGGCUGACACUCUUCCACGUAGAGCAAGGCAAGUCAUUAGAAGAGGCUGCUAACCUGUCAUUGGGUUACAUGAAGUCGAGGCUUAAAGGACUAGGUGGCGUCAUCCUGGUGGACAAAACAGGGGACUGGGCAGUGAAGUGGACCUCCACGUCCAUGCCCUGGGCAGCCGCAAAGGACGGCAAGCUGCACUCUGGAAUAGACGUGGGCGAAGCCACCAUCGUCGACCUGCUCUGA